UUUUGCAGAGUUGAAACUCUUCUUUUGCACAGUGACAGUAACUUACUGCUGCUCUAGCUUAAACUCUCCCAAACUAAUUACCAUAUUUAACUUCAUUUUAGUCCCAUUUGGUUCAUGAAUCUGAGUCUUGAUUUGUGAUUUGUUGUAGCUUUGCAGUUUCACUUUUCUGUGAGAAAUUACGUAGCUUUGCCAUGCAAGUGACUCAGUUCGUCCAAUCAUCAUGUCCAUGAUAGCUGGGCAUAGGCACAGCAGCUCACAUGCUGCUAGAAAAAAAGUCCAGAUUUCCUUUGUUAUCCGAGACAAAGUAGAAGUGUGCCACCGCUCAGCAGUGAAUGCACUUCAGUAUGACCCAGCUCUGCACAGACUCUUCUCAGCAGGCAGGGACUCUAUCAUACGAAUCUGGAACUGCAAUGCUCGUCGUGAUCCUUUUAUGCAGUCCAUGGAGCACCACACUGACUGGGUCAAUGACGUUGUGCUGUGCUGCAAUGGGCGCAACUUGAUUUCUGCCAGUUCUGACACGACCGUCAAAGUCUGGAACGCUCACAAAGGCUUCUGUAUGUCAACGCUACGUACACACAAGGACUAUGUCAAGGCCCUGGCUUAUGCUCGGGACAGAGAACAGGUCGCCUCGGCAGGGCUGGACAAGACAAUCUUCUUGUGGGACGUGCAGACUCUCACUGCACUCACUGCCUCUAACAAUACUGUUACCACCUCUUCACUGAAUGGCAACAAGGACAGCAUAUACAGCCUCGCCAUGAACGCUGCUGGCAGCCUUAUUGUCAGUGGGAGCACGGAGAAGCUGCUACGCGUCUGGGACCCUAGAACUGGCAACAAGACCAUGAAGCUUAAAGGGCACACGGACAACGUCAAGACGCUGCUGGUGAACAGGGAUGGCACGCAGGUGCUGUCUGGUAGCAGCGAUGGCACUGUCAGGCUCUGGAGCAUCGGCCAGCAGCGCUGCAUCAUCUCGCGACGCAUGCACUGCGAGGCCGUCUGGGCGCUUCAGGCCAAUGAGAAUUGGAGUCGUAUUUUCUGCGGCGGGCGGGACGGCAGCGUGUGGGUGAACGACUUGAGGUUCCAGGAGAGCGUCAGGCUUGUGUGCAAAGAAGACGCGCCCGUGCUGCGGCUGCUGCUCACUCCCGACACUAGCGAACUUUACGUGGCUACCACCAACUCCCAUAUCAAUUCCUACAGUUUGGGCAGACGACUGCUGGACCAAUGUUUUGACGAGCCCCUAAGGAACCACACCGGGGCUUCUAAUAACCUCCAUUCGGACUCUCCUGGGCCGGUGUCCCCCAAGGACGUGUCUGGGGCGGCCUCAGCGUCCCUCGACAAUGGGGGGCAUUCUGCUCAGAUGAAUGACUGCGUCCUGGGGAACGGCGUUGGGGAGGCGAGCGAUGAGGAAGAGCUUCCCUUACUGUCGGGCUGUGACUGGACCAUCCCUGGGGGGCCGUCCAUCCGACACGCUGUCAUCCUCAACGACAAGAGACACGUACUCACCAAAGACACCGACAAUAAUGUCGCACUUUAUGAUAUUCUCAAGGCUGUGAAAGUAGAAGAUUUAGGUAGAAUAGAUUUUGAUCAGGAGAAGGAGAGAAGAAACCGACCAAUUUUCGUGCCAAGCUGGUUCACCGUUGACCUCAAGACCGGCUUGCUGACAAUUCACCUGGCGGAGAAGAGAGACGAGGUCGACUGCCUGUCAGCCUGGGUCAGCAUCAGGGACGCUGCGCUGCACUCUCCUCACGACCCAACCUCCUAUGAUAUUAAAAUUAAUUACGGGGAGUUAUUACUGAAGUCGUUAUUCGAGCACUGGCCACGCACCUACUACCACGAGGACGACGAUGAGGCUGGCAAUGGUGGUGAGAUGACACCUCACAACGGCACCUCACAUCAUCACAGCCCUCCUGGCAACCAGUACUUCUCCAUACCUCCUCACACGCCGCUCAUAAUCAGCGAGGUGCAGGGACGGACGCUGUACCGCCUGCUGUGCGGUGACGCUGGUGGGGAGACGGAGGGCGUGCUGCUGCAGGAGACCGUCCCGCCCUGGGUGCUCGAUAUCGUCCUCGACAAGACCACACCAAAGCCCAAGAAUAAAGUUUACUUCUACCUGCUGCCACACCCGUCCUCUGGCAUAAAGAGAGAUAAAAAGGACCGUCUGAGCGCCAACGACUUCAUUCAGGUUCGAAAAGUGCAGGAGCACGUGGCCGAGAAGGUCCUCAACUACGGCACCAAUUCCAACUCCGACAACUCCUCGAAUAACAACGCUAGUUCCAACACCCCGACCCCGACCCCUAACGCGUCUGGGGAAGAUAAGGAGAACAGCUUACUGCCUGAGGAUAGAGUUCAACUUCUCUGUAAUGAUAAGGUGCUGGACGGCAACAUGGACCUACGGACGGUGCAACACUUCAUAUGGGGCAACGUCUCACAGGACUUGGUGUUGCACUACCGUCCGCUCAAGUGAAGAAUAGCCAAACCUUAUGUUAAUGUACAUUACGAGUGAGUGAUAAAAAACCAAUUGUUUCGGUCCUGUACAUUUCUAUUCAAAACGCACCUAAGGAGAACAUUUCACGAGUUGAAAAUUCGUUAACAUAUGUUAAUGUCAAUGAUGAAUGUGUAAGAAAUGGCGCCUGCUCGUGGCUCUGGAAAGCCUUGUCAGUUCUGCCAGAACUUUCGUAUGAAUGCUACCGUAUUGGUGGGGUUAUAUAGUGUACAUAGAAGCGGGGUGCGGCUCAAGCGGGGUAUGUUUAGCAGGAGUUGUGUAACUUUGAUGCACUUCAUAUUAUUUCCUAAUCACCACUUCUGCAUAAUUAAUGUUAAUGCAUCCAUAUACUUGUAUACUGUACACGUGGGGCUGCGUCUGUUGCUCAUGUUUCAUAUCAACAGAACGAAACGCAGUCCGAAGUAGCCGAUGUUAGUCCCACGGGCGAAAAGCUUUCAAGUAUUUAGUAGACUCUCAUUAGCAUGCAUGAAUGUGUUAAUUAUUUGCGUCGUGUUUGGUAACAAAAGUAAUUACUUCUUACACAAAAGUAAAUUUGUAAUUUAAAUUGAGAUCGACUUGCCGGAAAGAUUCCUUGUUGACUUGUUAAACAACUUUCGCGUAUUAUUUAUUAUGUGCAAAUAAGAUCUGUGUAGCCGUUCGCUGCUUUCGAGUUUAAAUGAACCGUAGAAAUUUUGUACUUACGAUUUAAUUUGGAAAAUCUCAUCCUGUAUGGCCAGCGUUUAUGUUUAGUAUAUGUUUGCAACUCGUGAAAUUAUUUAGUGUCUGUCUAUUUAGCAAAAUGUUUUAAAAAAGCGGCUAGAUAAUCGCCUUUAUCCAUAGGCCCAUUGAAUUGAAUGCCGGUGAAUUUCACACCCUAACAUUUGUUCGGAAGGUUUCAUCGCUGCCUUAGCUUGUAUGGUUACAAAACUUAUUGCCAAUUCACCUUAUUACAAAAUGUUUCCUCUUCGAAGUAUUUAAUGUCUCAUUUUUUGUGUAUAUGACGAUUUAUCCUAAUAUUCUAUAUAUUACGAACUUGUCUCAAUGACAUAACACUGCACAGCUAAUCAAUAGGUUCAGUAUAAAAAAAUUCCCACUGUUUCUUAACUUACAGCCUACGUUGUUUCGGCGCAGGUAUGAUGGUUCAUUCUUAGAUCUUGUCUUUGUGUCAUUCUCCUGUUGGUGGUAUCUUACUUGGUCUGAUAUGCUUAUUUGUUUUAAAUUAAUGAUUUACUAUGCAUUAUUUGACAGCUAGUUCCGUGUCAUUCCUAUUGGCUUAGAUGGAGAAGUGAAGGCAUCAAACAUUAAAUGAUUCAUAACCACUACUAAGGGCGGUAUUUAAUGCUAUUUUAGUGCGAAGUGGUAUUAUUUAUCAAUUAUUAUUUAUUAUUUUGAAAUUAGUCUUCCUAGAUGUACAGCUUGCCUUAUUUUCGAAAUAAAUUUUUCCGCAGAAGCGAUCAAAGAAGUUAUUGACUCAGAGCAAACUGUGUCAUGGUGGAAUAUAUAUAUUUUAAAACUAUAGGAAAUCGCUCUUAUUUUUAUUUAUUCAACCAGUUAAUGAAGAGUUCACCCUUUGCACAUAACUCGGCUUAUCACUGGGAAUUACAUACUUGGCCUUUGCCGUCGAUCCUGCGGUGGUGUUUGUAGGGUUGAUGAAUCUUAAUGAGAUUUAUCAAGAAUUGGAAAACAAAGAAAACGCAAAGUAAAUUCAUAUCAUCAUUUAAAAUAUGGAUCUCGAAAUUUAUUAUUCAAUGAAGUUACGGUGAAUUUUCUGCCAUUUUCCUUGCUUUUCAAUUCUUGCUGAACUUGCUAUUGAAGCAGACGAAUGAUGUAAGCUUGAAGAAAAUUGUGAUACAUCACGUGUGUAUAUAACAGAUCUAGAAUGUAUAUCAUAAUAAGGUUUGAGUGAUGCGAUGUAUAAAUAAGACAUCGCCUGCCCAGUCACGCUACAGGUGUCGGAAUAACACAGGGAAUGUUUUACUGCAUCUCUUCUUGUGUCGAAUAACUUGCUAUAAUAUUUCUACUGAAAUGCAUGAAGUAAUGUAAUGAACCAUACGGGUGCUAACCCCAUCUUGGCAUGGCCUAACUUCUCGAACGUUUACAUUGAGCAGUAAUUUGUUGGAAGUGCACAGAAAUUGUUUACAAAAAGUGUUGCUUAAGUUCCUGGUACAUACUUGAGUGAUGCUUGUCAUUCAAUCUCGUUUUGAGUGCUGAAACUGAACACUAAUUCAGGCUCAAAUCUCCGAUGACUGGCGUGAGCUCUCAAGUUACCUGUUGAUUCUUCCCUGUCAUUUGUAAUGUUUUUGCUCUCUGCAUUGAAAUCUAGGCUUGUGAAAACUUAGCGUUCGUGUUAAAUAGUCCCGACUUUCCCACAAAUCUGGCGCUGAAAGUUACAUUAGGUCAUUUUCAAAAAUUUGAUAAUUCAUGCAGAACAAUUUCAGAAAUCACAUCCUCGUUUGGCUGAAUAGAAUUCACCGAUGUUAUCUUCUAUGUCACAAAAUACUUUUAAAACUUGCAUUAUUUUUUCUGCUUUGAACUCCUCAAUAAUUCUGCACGAAAAUGAAGUGCAGCGUUGCACGACGCGUUCGGUGUUUUCCGUAUUGAAUUUGUGAUGUCCUUGCCCCUUUUUUAUUGCCUUGAAGUUACUGGAAUGGGAAGGUAAAAUAGUUUCCUAUUUCAUUAAAUAGGAACCUAGUAAUUGGUUCCCAUUCCGUUGAAUAGGAAUAUAAAACUGUCUCAUGACCAUUUAUCCUGCUCUGAUUUUAACGAUGUAUUUUUGCAUUUCUGACGGUAACGCAAGAUUAUAUUCCGGAGGAGCAACUUCUCAAUUUAUUUUUUUAUAGACUUGCGCCUUUCUGUGUUUGCUUUCUGUUGCCAUUAAAUUUCGUGCAUGACUUAUCGCCAAAAAAUCUGUGGAAUUUAUUUCCACUAAGACAGUAUUUGCUUUACGAAUCGGAUAAUAUUGCAAUUUUACCUGGUAUAUUCAUUUAUUUUCUCGCUAUAGGCAUUAUUUUUUCGCAGGAUCGUUCUUCUAUGUAAGAAAAAAAAAAUAGUAAGUUCUUAUUCUGAUUGUUCAUUGCAUUUGCUGUCAGAUUCCCUCUUAUCUUUUUGUUGUAUUUUCGUUUCCUCGUGUGAUGAUAUUAUUAUGCACUUCCCCAAGUUAUGACAUGUUCAAUACCACAUAUUUAAGUCAGCAACAUUAUUAGUAGUCGGGCAUUUAGAUCUUCCUAACGAAGAAUGUAAUAACCUUAUUACUUCACCUUCACUACUCUUUAGGGGCGACUUCUAUUGCAGAAAUAACCGAGCAAUUUGUAAAUGCGUGGACUUUUCCGUAGUAAAGUAAUCUAGUACUUCGCGAUCUUGAUAAAAUACGCGGCAAGUAGGGUAAGGUGGCUAGUUGCUUAACACGACUUGCCACUAUUGACACUACUGCAGGGCACUGAGCUAUGAACGACCUGCCACUAGUGGCACUACUGCACGACACUUAAUCAUGAACGAAAUUUGAGGAAGGUCUCAUGGAAGACGGUCGCAAUGUAGUUAGUCGAGGGAGGGAGGAGCGUAGAGUUCUAGGUUGACUUGCCCCUUGUUGGUCACAUUCUUUGAAAUUUUUUGUUUUUAUCCUGUUGAUUUUUUUCAGUGUCAGUUCACCUGUUACGACUCCUAAUUGUAUAAUUUUUUGCAUUUGGUUAUUCUGCACCCUUAUAUUUCUUGACUGCGUUUAAAGAUAUUUUAUUUGAUCUAAAUGCUUUAUUGUUCGUGUGUUGUACGGUCUUGUAUG